AUGACUACUUUGGAAGAAAAGAAGAAGAUUAUUCUUAACUUUGAAGGACCAGUUGCUGCAGUUGUCACUCCCUUUGACAAUGAGGGAAAGCUAGACACAACACAAAUUUUACCUUACGCCAAGCACCUGAUUAAAAUUGGCAUCAAGGGUGUGUUCAUUUCAGGCACAACAGGAGAAGGAUUUUUGUUGUCAGUAAAUGAACGGCUAUCUUUAAUUCAAGCCUGGCGUCAAGCGUUGGAUCAGUUGAAGGACACCCAGCAACUGCUAGCCAUUGUCAAUGUCAGUUCCACUGUGGUGGGUGACGUCGAGAGUUUGGCUUCCAAAGUAGAAAGUUUAGGUUUUGAUGGUGUCGCUUUACUGCCGCCCAUUUACUACACAGUCAGUACGCGUGAACAAUUGGUUGGAUACUUGAAGCCUAUUCUACAAAAGGCCGCACCUGAAACACCAUUUCUCUACUAUCAUAUUCCUUCACUUUCAGGCGAGCUCAAAUUCGAACUAGACAGUUUUGUUGACCUAGCUUUGCAGAAGAUUCCGCAGUUUGUGGCGAUGAAAUUUAGCGACAAUAAUCUAGUUCGAUUUGGUGCUGUCCAAGAACAGUUUGGUAAACGGAUCAAAGUUUUUCCCGGAUUCAACGAGAUUUUAUUGCCAACUAAAGCGUUUGGCAUAAAAGCGGUGAUUUGUGCUACAUUUAGCUUUGAAGACUGUGUGUCCUGGUACUUGGCAAUGGGAAAAUCUUACGAGUCUGGUGAUUUAGAAGGUGCUGUAAAAUUUCAAAAAGCAAUUGCAGAUAAAUGUGUACAACUGAGAAAAAGCGGAAGUUUCAUUACCUCUAUCAAAUCGGGACUUAAUAUAGACUUGAAAAAAGAUGGCAUUUCUCUAGGACAACCUCGAGCACCUGUUUAUGUUCCUGAAAACUAG